AUGAAGACCGGUAUUGCUGCUGCCACCGUUGCUGGCCUUUUGGCCUCCUCGGCCUUGGCCACUCCUGCCAACCCUCACUCUGGCUGGGCUGGCAAUGGUAACAAGCAGACUUCUACUCCCUUUGGCUACAAGGCUGGCUCCAAGCAGUCUGUCGACAACAUGAAGAAGCAGAUCAAGAACGUUGUCUGGAUCUUGCUUGAGAACCGUUCCUUCGACAACAUCCUUGGUGGUGUCCGUGGCCGCGGUUUGGACAACCCUACCAACAACGGUGAUUACUGUAUCCCCCAGAACACCAGCGACCCCAACAGCAAGAAGUACUGCACCGGCAACAAGAACUUUGACUCCGUUGCCCACGACCCUGACCACUCGGUCACUGGUAACAACUUUGAGUUCUAUGCCCAGUAUGCCCCCAGCAACGACGACAUUGCUUCUGGCAAGCUCAACGCUACUCAGCAGGGUUUCCUUGAGAAGCAGUUGACUAAAUACCCCACCGUCACUCCCGAGGUUGCUGCUGAGGAGGUCAUGGGUUACUAUACCGAGGAGCAGAUCCCUGUCCUUGUCAACUUGCUUGACCAGUUCACCACCUUCAACUACUGGUUCUCUUGCGUCCCAGGACCUACCAACCCCAACCGUUUGUGUUCCGUUUCCGGUACCCCCGAUGGUCACGGAAAGAACGACAAAGACUUCGAUGUCUCCGCCAUCCCCAUCAACAGCAUCUUCCAGGAGGCCACCUCCAAGGGCAUCAGCUGGCUCAACUACGACGGCACCAACGGUGCUUUCAACCCCGACAGCUUGUUCUUUAACUGGACCAAGACCAACUCUCCUAAGAGCGUCGUCCCCAUUCAGAACUUCUUCCAAGAUGCUUACUUGGGUCAACUUCCUCAAUUGUCCUACCUCAACCCCUCUUGCUGUGGCGCCAACACCAACUCCAUGCACCCCAACGGUAACGUCUCCUACGGUGAGAUCUUCGUCAAGCAGAUCUACGAGGCCCUCCGCAACGGUCCUCAGUGGGAAGAGUCUCUCCUCCUCUUGACCUACGACGAGGCCGGCGGUUUCUAUGAUCACGUUCCUUCCCCUGCUGCUGUCCGCCCCGACAACAAGACCUACUCCGAGAAGGCCAAGAACGGAGAAACCUACACUCUCACCUACGACCGCUACGGUGGCCGUAUGCCCACUUUCUUGAUCUCUCCUUUCUCCCAACCCGGCCACACUGAGAACUAUGGUAUCAACCCUGCCACUGGUAACCCCGAGCCUUACAGCGCCACCUCCGUGCUCAAGACUCUUGGUUUGCUUUGGGAUUUUGAUGACUUUACUCCUCGUGUUUCCAACUCUCCUUCCUUCGACCACUUGAUUGGACCUUUCCUUCAGUGGAAGACCUGGCAGUUGCCCGUUCCCAAGACCUUCUAA